GAUACAGCCCCCGAGAGCAAAGACUAGAGCAAUAAGUUUGACUUUGAAAAUCUCAGUGGAGCAUGGGCUUGUGUUUUCCUCUUGCAGUUAUUAUCACAAGCUGAUAAAGCAACAAGUGCGUGUUCCGCGUGUUAAAUACCUGCUGUAGAGGUGGGCCAUUUCCAGGGAGCAGGAUUCGAAAUCCUCCUCUCAGCGUUCUUGAUGGAGUCCUACAAAGUCAGUGGCCUUCCAAAUACUGGACUAGAGUCGAGCUACAGUCACCCUUCACGUACAAAAGGCCAAAAUAACAGCAGCUAUGGCCUCAGUAUUAGGGUCCAAGGCAUAGACGGACACCCGUAUGUUGUUCUGAAUAAUCAAGACAGAGCUCUCAAUCCUUAUUUAGCCCCCAGCAACAAUAAUGGCUACAAUGACUCUGAAGGGUCCUUUAUUGAUAACUAUCAGGAUUAUGACUUCAGAGUACCCAGGGAAAAUCUCUCUGAUAACCCCUUUGCUGAAUACCGAGCCCAGCAUCAGGUUCCAUAUGUCAACCCUUACAAUGAUAUCUCUGAAUCCAGAGACGCUCAGGCAAAGAAGCCAUCCACUUUGCGAAACUUCCAGAGGCACCCAGAGAUCCUAAAGCCUUAUGACCCAGAGCACAAUACCCUUGGUAAUUUCCAAAGAGUUUCACCUCAGCCUCCUUCUACUGGUGAGAGUAAACAUACAUAUCCAGGGUCUCUCCCAAGAACAAUUUCUCCAGGUUUCAAAUCAUCCAGUCUAGAACAACCCAAAAGCACAGAUCCACCAGCACCGGAUACAAGAAAAUGGGCUCCGCCACAGUCAGGUCCUCAAACAUUCCCAACCAGAGUCCAGCCUCAAAAAGAUCUAUCUAAAGGCCAAGCUCAGACUCAACCUCAGUCUCAAGCUAAACCUCAAGUCCAAGCACAAUCCUCAAAUAAACCUCACUCUCAUUCCCAAGUUCAGCAACCGUCUACUUUCCAAGUUCCUUCCCAGGUUUCCCAGCAUGCCCAGCGGCUUCCGGUUCCUCAGGUACCCUCCACCACCAGUGUUUCCAGUGAGCAGUCCUCCCACAGGACUCCAAGUACAACAAGCAGCACAAAUUCCAGUCUGGAGCGAAGGCACAGAGAGCCAGACAUACUUCCCUUACGAAGAAGCGAUUCCAGCGGCCCUGUGCUUCAGUCAUCACGCUCUCGCAAUUCUUCUGUAUCCUCUACCAAGGAAGAGCAGUUCGAGGCACUAUAUGCAGACAGCAUUAAUCGCCACAAGAACCGCCGCUAUAUCCCUUUCCUUCCUGGAACAGGCAGAGACAUUGACACAGGCUCCAUCCCAGGUGUUGAUGAGCUUAUCAAUAAGUUUGAUGGGAAAGAGAGCCAGCAGAGGCGAGGGCGCUCUGGUCGGAGAAACCGAAUCAACCCAGAAGAUCGCAAACGUUCCCGUAGCGUAGACAGCGCCUUACCAUUUGGUCUGCAAGGAGAUGCAGACUACCUGGAUGAGGUGAGCCGUAACCGAGGACGGUCAACCGAGCAUCUGCUCAAGCCCUCGCAGCUUCUUCAAAAGUCCCCAUUUUCUUCUGUUGGACGGAGGAGAACCUACAGAGAUGUGCCACAGAUCAGCAGCGAACCAGGAUCUCCACAAGGACCAAUGCCCAGUGUUGCAGAUUCCAUCCUACUCUAUAAGAAACCACUGAGUCGACCCUCCAUUCUGCCUGUGGAGAACAAGGUAACAGAGGCUAAUAAAAUAACACCAAAAGCUAAAAGUGUGACCAGUGUGGCUACAACGUCUUUGCCCAGAGCGGUUCCAAACUACAAUAAGAAGACAAAUGAAAUGGUUGCUGAGACAACACCGGAUCUGCUGAAAGGCCAACAGGAGCUGUCGCAACAAACGCAUGAAGAGACUGCUAAACAGAUUUUGUUUAAUUACCUCAAAGAUGGGAGCGCCGAUAAUGACGACACCACCAAGAGGAAGGUCAACCUUGUGUUUGAAAAAAUCCAGACACUGAAAUCACGGGCCACAGGAAGUGUGCAAGGGGACAACAAAUCCCCAGACCUUUCAGCCCAGGCCAAAGCCCUGCAGGAGCAGAAGGCAGAACUGGAAAAAGAGGUCACAAGUCUCAAAAAGCAACUGGAGGAUGAAAACAAGAAACAAAAGGGAUUGAGUGAGGCGCAGGAAAAGGCCGGAGCUGGCAUCAAUAAAUUUCAAAAGCAGCUGGAGUUAAGUCGAGCCGAGAGUGAAAAACUGCAGAUCAAGCUGGCCAAAACAGAGACUGACCUACGCACAAUACUGGAAGAGGUUUUCCAGGUGAGGAUGGAGAGAGAACAGUAUCAGAGAGAGAUCAGGGACCUUCAGGACCAGCUCUCAGAGAUGCAUGACGAGCUGGACGGAGCCAAACGCGUACAAGCCGCCAGCGCAGAGAAGGAGGAGGAUGUCAUGCAGCUAAAGUUGGAUUUACAGGAUGCAGUGAUCGUGAAAGAGGAGCAAGAGGAGUUGCUGAGGAGGCGCGAGAGGGAGCUGACUGCUCUAAAGGGGGCACUAAAGGAGGAGGUGUCAGCUCAUGACCAGGAGGUGGAUAAACUAAAGGAGCAAUAUGGAAAGGAAAUCCGUAGGCUGCAGAUGUCUUUGGAGGAAGUAAAGCAGAGUAGUGCAGCAGUGUCUAAAGAGAAGUCAGAGAUCGAAUCGGCAAAGGGGAUGGCAGAGGGCCAGGCAGGACGGCUCUCUCAGGAGGUCGAGCGGCUGAGGAGGCGAGUGCAAGAGCUGGAGAACGAGGUGGCCAAACUCAACCGCAUCGUUGAUGAGGCCAAGCUUCAGGAGAGCAGACUGGAGGAGAAAGCCAGACGUCUGCAGAAAGAGAAGAGGCAAGUUGAAGAGUCUCUUAACGAGGUCAAGGAACAAGAAGAAGAAAUGAGUCGCGCAAACCGAGCGCUCACGGCACGCUUGGAAGAAGUGCAGAGAAACUUGACCAAACUGAUCCAGGAGCACAAAGACCUGGAGGAACGUCUGAAGGAGGAAAGGAGUCAGAAGGAGCAGUUCAAAAACACAAAGAAUGAGAUCGAGGAGGAGAGGAGACUCCUAGACAGGACUGUAGAGAAGCUGCAGAGAGAGAUGUGUGAGAUCGUGCAGGCAUCUCAGAGCUCCACGCAGGAGCUGCAAGAGCAGAUCGACACCUACAAAGAGAAGAACAGGAGGGAGCUGGCCGAGCUCCAGAGGCAGCUGCGAGAUGGGGGUCUGGAGCUCGAGAAAUCUCGCAUCGCUGCCAAGUCUCUACAGGAGGAGGUGGGCCAGUUGGAAGAAGACCUUCGGCUUUGUAAAAGAGACCGAGACGAGGCGGAAGAGCGAGCGAAACAUUUGCAACAGAAGGUCUUUGAGCUGGAAGUGGAUGCGGAUACCAAAGUGCAGAAUAAUGACAAAGCCAGACAAAUCAAACAGUUAGAGGACCAGGUAGCUCAUCUAGAAAUGGAACUGGAAGAGGAAAGACAGAGCGCGGACGUGCUGAUGGACAGAAUUGAUCGAGGCAGAGAACAGAUGGAGCAGUUGAGGAGUGAGCUGCUGCAGGAGAGAGCCAGCAAACAAGACUUGGAGUGUGAUAAGAUUGCCUUGGACAGACAGAAUAAGGAUCUGAAGAGCAGGAUAUCUCAUUUGGAGAGCUCGCAGAAGUCUACUAAAGAGGGUCUAGUGGUCCAGCUAGAGAGCCGUAUCCAGGAGCUGGAAGAAAGACUGGAAGCAGAAGAAAGGGAACGUGCAAACCUGCAGCUGGUGAACCGCCGGUUGGAUCGUAAGGUGAAGGACAUGUUAAUGCAGAUGGAUGAAGAGCAGCAUUCGCUACAAGAUCAGAAGGACCAGCUAACCCUGCGCAUGAAGGCUCUGAAGAGGCAGAUGGACGAGGCAGAGGAGGAGAUCGACCGGCUAGAGCACAGCAAGAAGAAACUACAGAGGGACCUGGAGGAGCAGCAGGAGGCCAAUGAGCAGCUCCAGAAUCAGCUCAAAGCUUUACGCAGCGAGAUAAGACGAAAGAACACCUCGGCUCCCCUCAUUAACAACAUGGAUGACGAUGAUGAAGACGACGACGACAUCAGCACUGACGGAGAGACCUACUUCAGCUCGUCGUCAGGGUAUAAACGCUCCAGCAGUCAGGACGCUAUCAUUAACGCGUUCGCUCUCUGAGUGGCAACUGGGAACGUUUAUCCUACAAAAUCUGUGUUUAAUGUAAUGUAAUGUUUUAUAAGUGCAUUGAAGUGCAUUCUUUUGAAGUUGUGCCUAUUAAAGCAACAAAAAAGUCAAAUGUUGGAUGAUGAUGAUGAUGAUGAUGAUAAAGAUGUUCUGUAAUUUAUGAAUGACCGGGAAUAUGAAGUAAUGACAUAUUGAAGGACAGUAAAGACCACUGAACUUUUAAAUCUACACAGGGCUUUGUACUACUCUUUAGACAGUUACUUGUUCUAAUACAACUGUUUUAUUUUUUUUAUAUAUUUUUUUAAAUAAGUUUUAAUGUUACCUCGCUCUCUCUUUCACACACACACACACACACACACACACCCACACACACACACACACACACACAGUCCAAAUGCAACCAGUCUUAUGCUGCUCUUCCUCUUUUGUGAUUUUUUUAAUUUGCUUUUGCAUUUUCUUACCAAUCACCUCUUAACCUGUUCAAAGCUCUAAACUUUACUGCACAAUGUAAAAUAAUAAAAGCCCCAGAUGUGAACAUACAUUCAACAUACAUUUAACAUAGUGUGUUAUGAAGUGACAAGUGACAAGCAGGUUUGUUCCUGUGGCUAAAAACCAGUGUUAUAACUGUAAUAUAAAAACCACUCGACUCAAAAUAUCUCAUACAGUGUUUUUUCAUUUAUACAUUUAGCUUUUUAUCUAUGGGAGCUUAAAAUCUGCUUUCGUGUUAAAGCACUGGAUAUGUUUAGUGUUAUUUGAAUCAUUUGUCAAUUCAGCUCUAACAGUUCCCCUGACAGUCAAGUUAGUGUGUGUGUGUGUGUGUGUGUGUGUGUGUGCACGUGUAUAGCUGGUUGUGCUGAUAAUAUGAAACUGUGGAGUGGAUGUACAAUAUGAAACAUAAUAUCCACCUGUUAUUCACAAGCAGGAGCAGAGAGAACAAGAAAGAGAACAGCGCGAUUGCUCGGGUGUGCAGGUGGGAACAAUGCUGUUAUGUUUGAAAAAGUAAAGGAAUGUCGGAGUUUUAUGCCUAAUCUCUGAUUUAUUAAUAUAUCCUAGAGGUCCAAUAGCUCAUUCGGGUUAUCAGGUCUACGUGGGGUGAGUUGGUUUAGAACAGAGAGAAACACAAGCCUUAGUAUUGCUGCGGGCCCAUAGGAAUGGAGUCUGGCACUCCCGGUUCAAACAAUGAUGGAAUGAACUUGAGCAACCUUUAUCACUGAGCAGGGUAAACUCUAACUGUUUAAUCUGGCUUGACUGUGGUCCACUAUUCAUAUCCACUGCUAAAGCAGUAACGUGAUUUACUAUGGGAGUCGUCAUCUGUUCGUUUUAUUACAUUCAGUAUAUCUGUGUUGACAAUCUGUUUUUUUUUUUUUUUGCAAUACACUGUGAUUACUUGCACUGUACAUUGUAUCAAGCUUUUUAUUUUAUACUUAUGAACAGAAACAUUCUGUGUAAAAUGCCUAAUUUGGGAUUUCCUCCGUGUGAAGGAAUUUGUUCAGCACUCUACACACUCAUUUACUCUGUAGUUGAGUAACUCAGAUCUUGCCUUUUACACAAUAAAGCCGUGCAUUGAAUAAAGCCAGCUAGGUAUGGGGCCAACAUUUCAUUCUUGCUGGUGUGUGAUGAAGUGCUGGCCACAUUCCUCCAUAUUGCAUUUAAGGAAUCGCAGCUCAUAUAUAUAUAUAUAUAUAUAUAUAUA